CUUAAAGUGUGCCCUGACCACAUAUGGUCUAGAGGAAGUUGUCUUUUCGACGGGCCAGGUGUUAACAAAACGUCUCGAAAGUCAAGCUACAGAAACACGGUGUGCCUAUAGCAGUGCGCCGCAGAGACGCAUGAUGGCCACCGUAGCGUGCUCACUCCUCUUGGCGGCGAUGGUCGCACUCAGCGCCGCCGCCCCGGCUGACAAGGCAUCGGCACUCCUCGACGACGAAAAGUGGAUUGACAAGCCGUUAGAAGUGCUCAUGUUGGAAGAAGCGAAGGAGAAGAAAUUUGAAGAAGAAGAAGCUCUCGCCAAGAAAAGCGCCUUGGACAACGAUUGGACUGAAGACGUCGACGGUCAAAUGAUCAAGAAAGUUGUGAUGAAGGUUUUAAAGGAGCUCAAGAACCCAACAGGCGUAAAAGCUCAAGACACUAGAAACCUCCAAGAAACACGAAGUAAGAAAUAG